CCCUUCUUGAAGGUGUUGGGUUUGGUAAAAUUGACUGGUUUUGACCCUUCUACAACGCCCAACAUGAAUGAGCGCAAUGUUUACUUCGGCCCGGAUUCGUUGAAGAAGUACUUCAACCCGGAUAGCCAGCCACCAUUGCCACUUGUUGAGCUGCCGGAGCACCUGAAUCCCUAUUAUCAUGAUGGAAUUCGCAUUUAUGCCAAGAUGAUGACUAUGCAUCCGGCGAACAAUGUCAAGGCUAUGCCAGCGAUGAAUAUGCUCGAAUCGACCGUGGACCCCAAGAAGACAAAGACAAUCAUUGAGUACAGCUCAGGCUCAACAGUGAUCUCGAUGUCCAUGGUUGCGCGGGUUUCGCAUGGCCCUGAGCCCCUCGACAAGCGCGGCGGUAUCCAGAAUGCUCGAAGAAUGGCCGCGGACUCCGAUGAUAUUGUGAACCCAAACCAAUAUGAGAAUGACAAUAACUGGCAGUCGCACGUCCGGUGGACUGGUCCACAGAUCUUCAAGCAGCUACCAGAAAUCAAUGUUCUCUGUGCCGGUAUGGGCACCUCUGGCACUAUGACCGGCCUGGGAACGUACUUCAAGAGCGUCAAGCCGUCGGUGAUGAGACUUGGUGUCUGCACUGCCCCUGGAGAUCGAGUGCCUGGACCCCGCUCAUAUGCACUCAUGCGACCAGUUGAGUUCCCCUGGAGAGAAGCCGUGGAUAGCAUCGAGGAAGUGGGUUCUCAGCACUCGUACACUUUGUCUUUGAGAUUAUGUCGAGAGGGUCUGGUAUGUGGUCCAUCAUCCGGAUUCAACCUUCAAGGUCUGUUCCAAAUGCUGGAAAAACGGAAGAAUGCCGGCACACUCGGUGAUUUGGCAGGCCCCGACGGACUGACGCACUGCGUCUUCCUGUGCUGCGACCUUCCGUACCAGUACAUCGGCGAGUACUUCCAAAAACUCGGAGCCGAAGAAUUCCCUCCCAUCCGCAAUGAGCGGUUGACAAAGGUGGAUCUACACCGAUACGACGAGGCAUGGGAGCGGGACGCGCUCGAGGUGCUCCCGCAAGUGUACGGGUCGCCACGAUCCCUAGAACAUAGCCUGCUCAGCGAGAUCAGUCUCCGGCCGCAGCACCGAGUGAUUGAUCUACGGCGCGCAGAAGACUUUGGCGCAUGGAGCCUCCCUGAGUCGAUCAACCUACCGCUGAGCAGCCUGGGGCCACACACGCCCUCGCCGUUUUCAGAUCCGGCGGUGCUAGAAGCGCAGUGGGUGGAGCUGGAGAAGAUCUUCCAUGACGGUAGACUGGUGACGGAGCUUGGCUCGCAUCAUGUUUUGGUGGUUUGCUACGAUGGAGACACGGCCCGCGUGGCUACCAGCGUGCUCCGGGCGAAGGGACUCGAAGCGGACAGUGUGCGGGGCGGGCAUCAGGCCAUGAGUAUGUAUGGCAUCGGCAGCGAAGCCUCCAUGUCUUCCACCAAGUUUCCCAUUGCUGCGGCGGUGUCUGUCUCGGCAGUACCCCUUGACUGA